GUUUAUGUACGCAGGCGCCGUAAGUGCGGACGUGUGAAUCAGAUAGCCAUGAAUGGGGUGGUGGGGAGACGAGUAGCUAUGUGGACCGUAUCUGGAGGCAAAAAUCGUUGAUUGUAAUACUAUGGAUUAUUUAAAAGGUUGACUCUAUACGUCUGUUUGAGUUGCCUGCCGUUUGGUGACUUCGGGUAUUGGAUUACAUCGGUGGAAAUCGGGCCCGCUUUCGCUCCACGAUUUUCGACGUGAGACUUUGCGCCUGAAGAAAACAGCAUCGGCUACGACCAGCUGCAAAAUGCCACGGGACAUCAAACCGUCUUUAAUCCAGAAAAUCGCCACUCAAGCUUAUGCUACGUUUAAAAACUUCGGGGCGGCCGCCAUUGCUGACAACAAUGUCUUUCUGGAUAAUCAAGCGAAGCUGACUACCCUUGUAACUGAAAUCAGGGCUGCAGACCUAAAGAUAACACCGCCGAAAAGCAAAAGCUCCACGCCGAGUCCCCAUAACCCUCCUGUCACAUACAUGCAUAUAUGCGAAACCGAUGCGUUCAGUAUGGGAGUAUUUCUGCUAAAAACAGGGGCGUCUAUCCCUCUGCACGAUCACCCAGGUAUGAACGGAGUGUUGAAAGUUCUCUACGGCAAGGUCAACAUACGGUGUUUCGACAAGUUGGAUGCACCAGACGCCCAGAGUCUGCCUCUCUUCGACCCACCGCUGCUGCCCUUCCAGAAAGAUUCUAUCAGGCGCUGUGUUCUUCGGUCCACAGGUGAAUAUACAGAGGACAGUGGUCCUUGCAUUUUGACCCCUGUGAAAGAUAACCUUCAUCAAAUUGACGCGGUGGAAGGACCGGCGGCGUUCCUCGAUAUACUGGCACCCCCAUAUGACCCCGACGACGGGAGAGACUGUCAUUAUUUCAAAGUUUUACAGACGGUUUCGAAAUCGGUGGACAGAAACUCAGAUCAGACAGUGGAGGGGGAGAGGUGGCUUCUAGAAGUUCCUCAACCCGCCGAUUUCUGGUGCGGAGGCGAGCCUUAUCCCGGCCCCGAGGUGUCUGUCUGAAACGUGCUGCCCACGCUAAGGACACCUGUGCGUGUUCCACGUUAUAGUGUGUAUGGCCUAUUGAUCGCAUGGGAAGUUCAAACGAAGAUAAAAAAAAAAAAGUACUUAAAAGCGCAUAUUCAGUGUCACGAAUUACAGGAAAUAUCUUGAAAUGCCAAUCUGCUGGGAUCAAUAAUCUUUGCAUCGUGAUCAUUUUGUCCAAAUAGCCUAAUCAUUUCCCUUGCAUGUUCCCAUGGCGGUCUAUAUGACAGUGGUCUCUUGAGCAGAAUUUGCAAAUCCAUCAGGCUGUGAUUUCAACUAGUGCUGAAUGCAAUUGUAAAUAUCGAAUGUAAACAUGAUUUAAAGGCAUUUAUCCUGGUCUACAUGCACACUACAAGUAUACCCCCUUACAUGUGCUUAAUUUAUUUUGAAAAGAAAAAUGUGUAUACAACAAUUAUCGCAGUGUUUGUAUGUUAUGACCUUAUGCUUUGAUCACAAUUAAAAUAUCCACGUCAUCACAUUUGAUAUUA